AUGGCCGACGAAGGAGUCGCCAACCACUACCAGGUGCUGGAAGAACUUGGCCGAGGCAGUUUUGGUGUCGUUUACAAGGGAAUUGACAGGACAACGGGCGAAACAGUGGCCAUCAAACAUAUUGACCUCGAAUCCAGCGAAGAUGAUAUCCAGGAAAUCCAACAAGAAAUCUCGGUGCUCAGCACAUGCGCCAGCUCUUACGUCACUCAGUACAAGGCGAGCUUCUUGCGCGGCCACAAGCUAUGGAUUGUGAUGGAAUAUCUCGGGGGAGGUUCCUGUUUGGACCUCCUCAAACCAGGAAACUUUAGCGAAGUGCACAUUGCCAUCGUCUGCCGCGAACUCCUCCUCGGCCUCGAUUACCUACACUCCGAAGGAAAGAUCCAUCGCGACAUCAAAGCCGCCAAUGUCCUGCUGUCGGAAGCCGGAAAGGUCAAGCUCGCUGAUUUCGGCGUUGCAGCGCAGUUGACACAUAUGAAGUCUCAACGCAAUACCUUUGUCGGUACCCCGUUCUGGAUGGCCCCGGAGGUCAUUCAACAGGCCGGCUACGACUUCAAGGCUGACAUCUGGUCCCUCGGUAUCACUGCCAUCGAGCUGGCUGUUGGCGAGCCCCCAUAUGCGAACAUCCACCCGAUGAAGGUCCUCUUUCAGAUCCCCAAGAACCAACCACCACGACUGGAGGGCAAGUUCAGCAGAGAGGCUAAGGACUUCGUUGCCCAUUGUUUGAUCAAAGACCCUGCGCAGCGUCCGACGGCUAGAGACCUGCUCAGGCACCGAUUCAUUCGCACAGCCGGAAGGGUUGAAGCUUUGCAGGAACUGAUCGAGCGCAAGCAGAUGUGGGACGCCAAGCAAGACCGCGUCAAGCUUCCCGUCUUUUACCAAGAAACCCUCCACACCAUGAGCCCCAAGGACGACGACGACGAGUGGGUUUUCGAGACCAUCAAGUCGGUUGCGCUGCCCAAGAAUCCUAUGAACAUCGACACUACUCCUACAAAGUCCAGAGAUCCAUCAAGAGUCCGAGAGAGCGAAGAUGGUAUGCGAAGAGUUGAUGUCAGAGAUGGUCCCCUUCAGCCCUCUACCCCUCAGACGGUGAGGAAAGCGACAGUACGGCGACAGCCAACGGCCGCGGCCGCUCACCAGCAACGACGACUUUCCACCUCGACUGGCUCACCACGGCCGCCUGUCGCAGCAGCAAAGAGGCCCCUUCAGACGGAUAUGUCAUUCGGCAACUCGGGCUCGACUAUGCGUCUCUUCCGCCGUGUACCCUCCGAGCACGAGGGUCCGAAAAUUCACCAGGACAGGCCCCAUGAGGUGGUCAACGACGAGAACCGACCUCCUUCCGCGAUGCAGACUCCCAUCGAGCCCACUAGCAAGGAGGCGCUCCUCGGUCGUCGUCUCUAUAACAAGGCCAUUGAGCCUGCGCUUGAAGAGCUUCAUGCGCAAACCGGUCCAUCACAAAAACGCGAGGCUCUGGCCAAUCUGUCUGAUGCGUUCGCCCAUCUCGACUUGGUGGAUCCUGAAGGAGCUUACCACCUGCUCCGAAACCUCCUCUCCUCGAUAUCUCAAGACAACAGGCUCAGCGCGGCACUGCUGAACGCUAGCAAGAUCUCACCCGGUCAGCACCUUCACAGGAAAUCUGUAGACGGCACACCGCAGAGCAAGAACCGCGACCUGAACCAACGGCCAUUGACAUCGGCCGGUAUCGCUCACGGCCAGAACAUCCCACAGACCCCUUCGCGCUCCCCGCAAAAGCCGGUUCUUUCCGCCAGCCCGACAAAACUGAUGAGCCAGCAGAACACACCCUUGGCCAGUCCCAGACCAAGGCGGGAGAGUGUCGUCAUGCCCACACCGAAGCCCGUCGCCGAGAGGACGAACAGCAGCAGCAGGCCGUCUUCCGUGAUGGCAACAGCACCAGGAACUCCUAUCCACCAACUCCAGCAACCUCAACUAAUACAACCAACCUCAUCACCCCAAAAGAAGGAGCCCCAGCUCUUACAGCAGCACUCCGCCCCGUCUCUUCAGAAGAAGGAAAACCCGCCACCCCUCCAGCAGCAACUCUCCCACCCGGUCCUCCAGCAGGAGAAGCAGCGAAGGGAGGCCAGCUCGCAACAGCUUGCCCAGCAGUUACAACAGCAACAGCAGGCCCAGCUACAGCAAGCCGCGCACCGACGCAAGGAAUCCUCCAACUCGUCCUCGCAUCAGCUUCCACUGCCCCAGCACCAUCAGCGAAGAGAGUCGUCGCAAUCGUCCCACACUAGCCAUGCCAGCAGUCGAUCGCCCGAAAAGCAGGAGCGCGUGAGGGAGAGUAGCAGCAGGGAGUUGCGCGAGCGGGCGGCCCUCGAGGCAAAGUACCCGGGCCAGCCGGCGGUGGCAGGCAUGGAGCACUGCAAGGCGCUGUCGGAUCUGUUGUAUGCGAGGUGGACGGAUGGAUUGCAGCAUCGGUGGGGGGCUGUUGCCGGAUCUUAG